AAACGCGAGCAGCAGCGAGCAUGUCCGCGAACAUCUUUCGGGCCUCUCUCUAGUAUAGAAGACGGUAAGCAGUAGCAGUAGCAGCGGUGGCAAGUGAAAUCAUCGCGAGAGAAGAUGAUAGUGACAGUGGCUUCUGUGCGCCAACAACUCAGUAAUUUGGCGCAUUCCGGCGGUUCUCACAAAGACCAGGCCGAGAAAUACCGCUCAACUCUGGACACGAUAUUGUGUUCUUCCGGCGAGGAGCAAGUCGAUGCUCUGAAGACGUUCAUCGAAGCAAUUGUGAAUGAAAACGUGAGCUUGGUAAUCUCAAGACAAGUACUAACCGAUGUAAGCAGUCGUUUACUGUUUUUACCUGAUGAAAUAUCAAAGGCUGUUUCGCAUUAUACACUGGACAAGGUUCAACCACGUGUGAUUUCCUUUGAAGAACAAGUAGCUAGCAUAAGACAACAUUUAGCUGAUAUUUAUGAACGUAAUCAGAACUGGCGAGAAGCUGCAAACGUUUUAGUUGGAAUACCACUGGAAACAGGACAAAAGCAAUAUACUAUUGAUUACAAACUCGAAACUUAUCUUAAAAUUGCCAGAUUAUAUUUAGAAGACGAUGAUCCAGUACAGGCCGAAGCAUUUAUCAAUCGUGCAUCACUUUUACAGGCCGAGUCUAAAAAUGAACAGUUACAAAUAUAUUACAAGGUGUGCUAUGCAAGAGUACUAGAUUAUAGAAGAAAGUUUAUAGAAGCAGCUCAGAGGUACAAUGAGUUAUCAUAUAGGUCCAUCAUUCACGAAGAUGAACGCAUGACUGCUCUUAGAAAUGCAUUGAUUUGCACAGUAUUGGCUUCUGCAGGACAACAGAGAAGUCGAAUGCUGGCCACAUUGUUCAAAGACGAACGCUGCCAACAACUUCCUGCUUAUUCAAUACUCGAGAAAAUGUAUUUGGACCGUAUUAUUCGACGGUCUGAACUGCAAGAGUUUGAAGCGUUAUUACAGCCUCAUCAGAAAGCGUGCACUAUCGACGGAUUAGGUUCCACUAUACUCGAUCGUGCCGUUAUCGAGCAUAAUUUAUUGUCGGCUAGUAAAUUAUACAAUAACAUCUCGUUCGAAGAAUUAGGCGCUCUGUUGGAUAUUCCACCCACUAAAGCGGAAAAAAUUGCCAGUCAAAUGAUUACUGAAGGAAGAAUGAAUGGAUAUAUAGAUCAAAUCGAUUCUAUAGUACAUUUCGAAACACGUGAGACCUUACCUACAUGGGACAAACAGAUACAAUCGUUAUGUUAUCAGGUGAAUCAAAUAAUCGAGAAAAUAGCUCAAACGGAGCCAGAAUGGAUCGCAAAAGCAAUGGACGAUCAGAUGGUGCAUUAAUAUAGAUUUUGUUUAACACAGAAAAAUGUCAAAUAUGGAAUACGGGAAUCAUUUACAAUAUGUACACGAUACACAGCCAGCCAAAAUAGUGAAUAUUUAUAUAGCUCAUUAUCGAGACAAAUAUCGUCCAAUGCACGCUCAUUCAUUAAAUUUGAUUAUUUUCUAACAAAAUCUUUUGUUCCAGAAAUUUAUCCACAUUGUUUUUAGAAUUGACAGUAAUCAAUAUUGCGUAUUUAAAAUAUUAUUUAAUGGAUAUUUCAUCCUUGUAAUGCUCUGCAAUACCAAUUAUACCAUUAUACCAUUUCAUAACGCUUAUUAAAGAGUAACUAAAAAAUUAAUAUAAUUUUACCAUACACAGAUAGACAUACAAAUGAAUUAAAAUUUACUCUAAAAAAAUUUAAAAGGGUUGUUUAUUUGCAAUUGAUUUAGAUAAGAUCAUCGUAGAGGAGAAAAACAAUGUAAGUUCUUCUUGUAAAUAAAUCACAUUCGUACUUCGUA